AUGGUCAACUUGAAGUACACUGCAGCCGUUGCUGCCAUGGCCUCCGGUGCCUCUGCCUCUCUUAAGAUCCACAACUACUGCGAUGUCGAGGUUUCCGUUGUCUCCUCCCACAACGGCGGUUGCGAUUCUGGUCCAGACGGUGCCUGUGUCACUGCCGGCAGCACUCCAUGGACCAUCAAGAAGGGCGGAAUCAGCACCUUCGACUGGAUCGCCAACGGUGCUGGAACCUCGCUCAAGAUCUCCAAGAAGGGCGUCGAGGGCGUCCUCCAGUUCGAGUAUGCCGUGGUCACCGGACAAUACGGCGGACUCUACUGGGACCUGAGUGACCUCGAUGGCAAGGGCAAUGGUCUCGUCGGAACACCCUUCUUCAACGACAACGUCAAGGUCAGCCCGACCGGCAAGGGCGUGGGCACCGGCACCUGUGUUCAGCUCCGCUGCACUGCUGGGCAGACCUGUCUCGACAGCUACCAGCACCCAGAUGAUCCCAACACCAAGAAUUGCCCUGUCGACACUGGCGACAUGUGGCUCGACCUCUGCCAGCCUGUCCACAUCUUCACCACCCGCGAUGAGGAGGCAGCUGCUCCCUCUCCCGCUGAGCGAGCUGAGGAGGCGGUCCCCGAGAACCACCAGCGUGCCCAUGCCCGCCAUCUCCUUAACCACAACCAUGGAGUCCACCACUCCUAG